AUGGAACAUUCGUACAUUCAAAUAACUGAUUUACCUGAUGAGUUACUUAUAAUGAUAUUUAAAAAAUUAGAUAAUAUCCAGCUACUUUACUCUUUAAUGGAUGUUAAUAUACGAUUCAAUAAAAUUCUACAUGUUUCAAAUCUUACUAAUCGUUUAACAUUAUUGAAAUGGUCAAUUGAUAAUCUUAUCUCUCCACUAUCUGAUACCGUACUUGAUCGAUUUUGUAAAAAAAUAAUACCUAAAAUUCAUCAUAAUGUUGAAUGGCUUGGCACUGAAUCGUCAUCUGUGGAGCGUAUUCUUCUUGCUGCUAAAUAUCCCAAUUUAAAUGGACUUGCUUUAUUCAAUAUGACCGAAGAUAUAGCUCAACAUUUAUUUAAUGAGGAAAAUCGUUUAAUUGACAUAUUCAAAAAUCAAAUAACAAAAUUAAUUAUAAAUAUAUCUGAUCCUAAGAACAAAUACUGGAUAGAAGAAGUGCGCAUAUAG